UGUUAUAAUAUGCCAAUGGAUGUAUUACAUGUAGGCAUUUCGAUGUAUAGUCCUAUGAAGUAUUUUGAAUUGGCCGGAUCAGGGAAACAUAUCGAAAUUGUGGGGCUAGGAUGUCUCAGACACAUUGGGAUGAGGUUUGCUAAAGCAUUUGGGACUAACGUUACAGUGGUCAGUUCGACCGCAAGGAAAUGUAAGAAUGCUCUUGAAAAUCUUGGAGCUGAUGGGUUCUUGCUUAGUACUGAUGAAGACCAAAUGCAGGCUGUGAUGGGAACUAUGGAUGGCAUAAUCGAUACUGCUCAUACCAAAAAAAUAAUCGAUACUGCUUCUUCAUCACAUUUAAUUUUACCGUUAAUUGGGCUACUCAGACCCAACGGUAAACUUGUUCUACUCGGUGUAAUUGAGAAGCCAUUUGAUCUACCUGUCUUUUCCUUAAUCAUGGAUAUAUGCAUAACAUAUAUAAACAUAAAAAAAAUAUACUGUUUUAAUUAUUAG